GAGUGUUUCAGUCUUUCAGAUAUUUAAAUUAGUACUCCACCAAAAAAAAAUAAAAAAAAUCUAAGAUAGUAGGAAAAAACUCCACUGUCAUUGAUCUAUCUGAAGAAAAGAGUGGCUUUGAAUACUGAACACAUGCAAACAAAACCCAGUGAACACACAGAAUCUCAGAUCCUUCUUCUUCUUCUUCCUCCAAUAAACCUUCUUCAAUCUCACAUCAAAAUAACCCAACACUUACCAAAACCCAUCUUCAACCAAAAGCACUUCUCAAACUAAACUCCAUUUUCCGACCCACCAAGCAUCCCUCCGCAAUUUCACUUUAAAAAACACCCAUUUUUAACCACAAAACGCUUCAAAACGCAAAACCCAGAUGCCGUUUUGAUUGGAUCCAAUUCCAUUCCAAAUGGGUCACGUGAACCUCCCAGCUUCAAAGCGCGGUGGUGGCCCUCGUCAAUGGCGGGUUCUGGACCUUGUCUCCGCCGCGUUCUUCGGCCUCGUGUUCCUCUUCUUCGUGCUGGUCUUCACCCCGAUGGGCGAUUCGCUCGCCGCAUCGGGGCGCCAAACUUUGCUCCUUUCGGCCUCGGAUCCGCAACAGCGCCAGCGCGUGGUGGCGGCGAUUGAGGCGGGGCAGCCUCGAGUGAUUGAGGCGUGCCCCGCCGAUGCGGCCGACCACAUGCCAUGCGAGGAUCCGAGGCUGAACAGCCAAUUGAGCAGAGAGAUGAAUUACUACAGAGAGAGGCAUUGCCCUCCGUCAGAGACUACGCCACUUUGCCUCAUUCCACCGCCCAGUGGCUAUAAGGUUUCGGUGCAGUGGCCUGAGAGCUUGCACAAGAUAUGGCACAGCAACAUGCCACACAACAAGAUUGCUGACAGGAAAGGUCACCAGGGAUGGAUGAAGCUUGAAGGCCCUCACUUUAUAUUCCCUGGGGGUGGUACAAUGUUUCCAGAUGGAGCAGAGCAGUAUAUUGAAAAACUUGGUCUAUACAUUCCAAUGAAUGGUGGUGUUCUGAGGACUGCUCUUGAUAUGGGAUGUGGGGUUGCUAGUUUUGGAGGAUAUUUACUGUCUCAAAACAUAUUAACCGUGUCUUUUGCUCCAAGAGAUUCACACAAAUCGCAGAUACAAUUUGCUCUUGAAAGAGGAAUACCAGCUUUUGUCGCCAUGCUUGGUACUCGCAGACUCCCAUUUCCUGCCUUUGGCUUUGACUUAGUCCAUUGUUCUCGGUGUUUAAUCCCUUUUACAGCCUACAAUGCAACUUAUUUCAUUGAAGUGGACCGAUUACUUCGCCCUGGUGGAUACUUAGUCAUCUCUGGCCCCCCUGUUCAGUGGCCUAAACAAGAUAAAGAAUGGUCGGAUCUCCAGGCGGUGGCAAGAGCUUUGUGUUAUGAACUGAUUGCCGUAGAUGGUAACACUGUGAUCUGGAAAAAGCCAGCAGGGGAUAUGUGUCUCCCCAACCAAAAUGAAUUUGGUCUUGACUUAUGUAAUGAUUCAGAUGACCCAAGUUUUGCUUGGUACUUCAAAUUGAAGAAGUGUGUCACUAGGACAUCUUCUGUAAAAGGAGAAUAUGAUAUUGGCACGAUUCCCAAGUGGCCAGAGAGGCUAACUGCUCCACCACCCAGGUCCAAACUCCUAAAAAAUGGUGCUGAUGUAUAUGAGGCUGACACUAAGAGAUGGGUAAGGCGAAUUGCGCACUAUAAGAAUUCUCUAAACAUAAAGUUGGGGACUGCAGCAAUACGCAAUGUCAUGGACAUGAAUGCAUUUUUUGGUGGAUUUGCGGCAGCACUACAUUCUGAUCCUGUGUGGGUAAUGAAUGUUGUUCCAGCUCGCAAGCCUUCUACUCUUGAUGUGAUAUUUGACAGAGGCCUUAUUGGUGUCUAUCAUGAUUGGUGUGAACCUUUCUCAACCUAUCCUCGUACCUACGACCUGAUCCACGUGGCCAGCAUUGAAUCACUUAUAAAGGAUCCAGCCUCUGGCAAAAGCAGAUGUAACCUUGUUGAUUUGAUGGUUGAAAUGGAUAGAAUGCUGCGUCCAGAAGGCACUGUUGUGGUGAGGGAUACCCCUGAAGUGAUUGACAAAGUAGCUCGUGUUGCACGUGCUGUGAGAUGGAGUCCUACCAUACACGAUAAAGAGCCUGAAUCACAUGGCAGAGAGAAAAUCCUAGUUGCCAAGAAGACCUUCUGGAAGCUCUAAUUCUCAUCUCACUAACAUAGCUGUGUAAUUUAGGUAAACUUCCCUCCUUUCUCACUGUUGAGGAUUGGGGCUUCAAAGCUAUCUUCUCAAUGCAUCAAAGCGAUGCAGUUACAUUUCCUGUUCAGUGUUUAUAUGAAGAGAAAGUAAGGUUAGGAUCUGAGGAAACUAAAAGAUGUGAAGACUUUUUGCUGUUUCACAAGCCCUGCUUUAGUCAUUUUCUCUAGCCAUAAUGAUCUUGUAAUUCAAUGCUUUUAUUUAUUGAAAGACAAUAAUCACUGAUCCAAUUUGCUAUUUAACUUUUGUUCUACCAGUUUGUACCGAGUAAUUUAGUUUUUUUCUU